AUGUUACCGCGCUGGGAUGAUCAGCAAUGGGACUCAUCCGAGUCAGCAGGCGAUAUCAGUGGGCAGUCAAUCACGUGGUCGGGAAAUCAGCAAGUUCCCGAAUCGCACUCACUGCUGCAGGCCCACUUACAGUGGCCAGAAAAUCAGCAAAUUCAAGAAUCGUACUCACUGCAGGCCCACUCACAGUGGCCCGGAAAUUUGCAACUUCAAGAAUCGCACUCGCUACCAGCCCAUCCGAGUCACAACUCUGACUCAGGGUUUGUAGCACACGACGACGAGUCGCGUCCCGGGCCAUCAUCAUGGCCGCAACUGCAGCCUGGAGAUGCACCACUAGCGUAUGAUGAGUCGCGUCCUGGGCCAUCGUCGUGGCCGCAACUGCAGCCUGGAGAUGUACCACUAGCAUAUGACGAGUCGCGUCCUGGGCCAUCGUCGUGGCCGCAACCUGCAGCCUGGACAUGCACCACUACCGCACAGUCGGUCAUUCCUUCCUCCUCUGCCUGUUCGAAUUCCCCGUCCACAGCUCCACCCAAGUCUCUUUCGUCCCAGCAGCCGCCUCAUGCUAUUCCAACACACCCAACACACCCAACACACCUCACCGAUCCUCACUCCGCAGCGACAUCGGACCCUGAGAUAUACGGAAAUCUACCGCCCUCGGUUCCGAGUCAACUGCCGGCCCCAGCCAGCAUUGACACCAACACGUCCUCCCACCAUGACGCCAUCAUCGACAAAAAUCGUCACUCCCGGCUCUUGAAUGAGUCACACGAGUCCUGGCCCACUCCCGGACGGUCCCAGGGCCGGCGCCAAAAACUGACUGGCAUUGAUCGAGCCGAACGUGCGCGGGUGACGUCGAAGGCACAGCCAAUACAGAUAAUUCCAUGGGCGAACUCUUCGUGGAACACUGUCAUGCGAAGACAAACCAGAGACGACCUUCGGAUCUGGGCCACCGAGUCACGUUCCAAAGUUAGCAAGCUCACGCCUGUAGUGGACGAAAUUCAUGAAGCUUUGAAGCGGGCCGUAAGGAUAUUCGCUUACUACGAAUUUGAUCUCAAGUUCGAUUACGCUGCUGCCCUGGACGAGUCUCAUGUCGCUGAGCGUCAAACGCGAGUUGAAGGUCUAAUCGCGAAUGAUGCGUUUCUACACGCUACACAACAUGUCGAAGGUGUAGCCACUUCGGUCCCAUUUUCCCAUCCAGCGGUCAUAGCGUUCGCUGCGUACCUACUGUAUGACAGUGAAUUUCGGUACCACCAGUAUAUCGGCGAAGAUUGGAACCUGCUACCUCUGCUAACGAUGAUAACUACCCUCUACCGCUGGGCCCUUUCCGAACGCCGGACUGGGACAUAUAUUAGAAGCUUUGACCCCGGCAAAAUUAGCGGUACUGAAAACCUUGCUUGCUAA